AUGGUGUCUGAAAGCGAAAAUGAAGAAGAAUCCAGCAACAGCGCAAACAACAAAGUUCUCAUUGAUGCAAUCACUGCACAGAUGGAGAAAAUGAUGAACACUAAGCUUGAGGCGUUGCGUAAUGAGCUUACAAACCAGAACCAGACGCCAAAUGGAGAAGCUCAUGCACCAGAAAGAGAUAAUACUAAGAGCAAAAGACGCAGGAAGGAGCCUGGAGAUUUUGGAGCAGAAGAUUACUAUAGCAAUCACAGUAACUCUUCUCAAAGGAGUCAAGGAAGAUCAAGGCGUUCCGGAGAAUACAAGGAUCUGUUACAAGACAACCUUGGAGGUCUUAAGAUCAAGAUACCCCCAUUUCAUGGAAGGAAUGAUCCUGAUGCUUACCUGGAUUGGGAGAAGAAGAUUGAACUGGUCUUUAAUUGCCAGCAUUAUGUUGAUGUCAACAGAGUCAAGGUGGCUGCUACUGAGUUCUACGACUAUGCACUUAGCUGGUGGGAUCAAAUAGUCACUUCUAGAAGGCAAAAUGGAUAG